AUGAGAAUUUGUAUUACCAGUGUCUAAGAUAAGAAAUGUAAAUACACAAGAUUACUUCCUUAAAACAACUCUGAAAAUCAAUAAAUCAAGUUUUAAAAAAUUGAAUUUCACAAUUAAUUAAAUAAACAACUCAAACCUAGUGUAGUUUUAAAGAGUUUACCUAAAGCUCAAAAUGCUAUUCAUAGUUAUUAGUUAAUCAAGAUUUUUAAUGAAUUUCCAAGACAAAGAAGAAAAAGCUAUAAUGAAGGUGCAAUUUCAUAAAAAAUUGUAAGACAUUCAGUUUAUUCUCAAGUUGAAUAUAGACAUUAAAUACCCUAGAACUCUUAUCUAAUAACACCAAUUUCUAGAUAGAGUCAAAGAUUUAAGAAGAAGAGCAAUUAAGGGAAGAAUGAAGACUAAAUUUGAGAAAUCAUUUAAGAAAAUAGAUACACCAACCACAAGCUAAUUUAAUCCUUAAAAUAGUCAUCAUAGUACUAAUAGAGAUUCUUACUAUGCAACUAUGUAAGAUAUCAAAGUUCAAAGAACUUUUACCAAGGAUCGUGCUUACUAUUAACGACCAUUGGAUAAAAAAGGUUCUGAUUUGAUAUCAGAUUCUCCUAGUGAACCUAGUAUUUAAUUGCAAUAAACAAGAAAAAAUAUAAUAUUUACUCCUAAAUAAAAAUAGUAUGUUUUGCUUUAAUUAAACAAAUACAAACACAAACCUUUUGAAUAAAUUAAACGAGACACAAUUAUUAAAUUUCUUUCAGAAACAAAGGAGACUCAAAUUCCUAUAGUUCCUUAGACAGCUCCUUUAUUUUUACAUAGACUAUAACCCUAUUUUUCUUAUCCUAAGAAAAUUAAUCUAAAAAAAUCUUGUUUCAUAUCUUCUUCUUAAAGAGUUAAAACAAUAUUGUGAUGAAAUUUAUUUGAC